GCCGCGCCGCUCCCUCCCUCCCUCCCGGCGGCCGGGGCGCUACUGACAGACCGCGGAGCGGAGCGGAGCGAGCGCCGAGAGCCUCCGGGACCCCCCGGACCCCCCCACCUUCCGCGCCCCGUCUCGCCGCAGCGGUGAAUGGGAGAGGCGGGCGGCGCCGGCCUCACGGAGCAGAGCGAAGCGGCGGCGGUCGCGGCGGCUCGGAUGGAUUGAAUCUUCUGUGUUGAAUGCCUCCGGAUUUCCUAUUGGAUUUCACAUCUGGAAAGUACUUUUGAUUUAAGCCACUCUGUGGCAGACUGAAUUGUGGAUCCAGGGUUCCUAAGACUUUAGAUCUUGAGGAGGCAGUCACUGCUGGAUCACAUUAACCUGACAUCGCAGCCACAAUGGUGCUGUCACAAAGGCAACGAGAUGAACUAAAUCGAGCAAUAGCAGAUUACCUUCGUUCUAAUGGCUACGAAGAGGCAUAUUCAGUUUUUAAAAAGGAAGCGGAGUUAGAUGUGAAUGAAGAGUUAGAUAAGAAGUAUGCUGGACUUCUGGAAAAAAAAUGGACAUCUGUUAUAAGAUUACAAAAGAAGGUAAUGGAAUUAGAAUCGAAGCUGAAUGAAGCUAAGGAAGAAUUUACAUCAGGUGGACCUCUUGGUCAGAAACGAGACCCUAAAGAGUGGAUUCCUCGUCCCCCGGAGAAGUAUGCAUUGAGUGGACACAGGAGUCCAGUCACUCGAGUAAUUUUCCAUCCAGUCUUCAGUGUUAUGGUCUCUGCUUCAGAGGAUGCCACAAUAAAGGUGUGGGAUUAUGAAACAGGAGACUUUGAACGAACCCUUAAGGGGCAUACAGACUCUGUGCAAGACAUUUCCUUCGACCACACUGGCAAACUAUUGGCCUCCUGUUCUGCUGAUAUGACCAUUAAGCUAUGGGAUUUCCAAGGCUUUGAGUGCAUCAGAACUAUGCAUGGUCAUGAUCAUAACGUUUCUUCAGUAGCCAUCAUGCCCAAUGGAGAUCAUAUAGUUUCUGCCUCAAGGGAUAAAACUAUCAAAAUGUGGGAAGUCCAGACAGGUUACUGUGUGAAGACUUUCACGGGUCACAGAGAAUGGGUGCGCAUGGUGCGGCCUAACCAGGAUGGCACCUUAAUUGCCAGUUGUUCUAAUGACCAGACAGUGCGUGUUUGGGUGGUAGCGACGAAGGAAUGCAAAGCUGAGCUCCGAGAACAUGAGCAUGUGGUAGAAUGCAUUUCCUGGGCUCCUGAGAGCUCGUACUCCACCAUAUCAGAAGCUACAGGAUCAGAGACUAAGAAGAGUGGCAAGCCUGGGCCUUUUCUGCUGUCUGGAUCCAGAGACAAGACCAUUAAGAUGUGGGACAUUAGCACUGGCAUGUGCCUUAUGACACUUGUGGGCCAUGAUAACUGGGUACGUGGCGUUCUGUUCCAUUCUGGGGGAAAAUUUAUUUUGAGCUGUGCUGAUGACAAGACUCUACGUGUCUGGGACUUCAAGAACAAGCGAUGCAUGAAAACCCUCAAUGCGCACGAACACUUUGUUACCUCUUUGGAUUUCCACAAGACGGCACCGUAUGUGGUUACUGGAAGUGUAGAUCAAACAGUAAAAGUGUGGGAGUGCCGUUGAUUGAAUUCACAUUUGACCCCUUUUUCCUCUGGAUGCACUCAGAUACCAUGGUUACCCAUUGAGCUCUGUUUAAAUAAAUAUUGUCCUUUCAUGUAAA